UUAGGGUAGGUUGAUUAAAGGCUCAAGAGAAGCAUUGGUGUUGAGAUUAAACCUGCAUCAAUUACCCUUUCGCAUAUUGUGGUUUGGGUCCAAGACGUUUUAAGGUCCAGCCACCCUUCAGGUUAAGCUUUUGGAUUGUUUUGUUUGCUUUUUUUCCCCAGUCAAGAAAGCUGAAGAUUUCCGAAAUAAUGUCUUCAAGCGAAGACAGAGCCAAGGAGAUUCUGAAAGGGUUUAAAUUAAACUGGAUGAACUUGCGGGACGCGGAGACCGGGAAGGUCCUGUGGCAGGGGACGGAAGACCUCUCUCUACCUGGGGUGGAGCACGAAGCUCGAGUUCCCAAAAAGAUCUUGAAGUGCAAGGCCGUGUCCAGAGAGCUGAAUUUUUCCUCUAUAGAAAAGCUGGAGAAGUUCCGACUUGAACAAAAGGUUUUCUUCAAGGGGCAGUGUUUAGAAGAAUGGUUCUUUGAGUUCGGUUUCGUGAUUCCUAAUUCCACGAACACGUGGCAGUCCUUGAUAGAGGCGGCUCCGGAGUCCCAGAUGAUGCCCGCCAACGUUUUAACCGGCAAUGUCGUGAUAGAGACCAAGUUCUACGACGACGAUCUUCUCGUCAGCACUUCCCGAGUACGGCUCUUCUACGUCUGAAGUCGAACACGUUUUAAUUAUUAUUAUUAUUAUUAUUUUAUUUUUUUUUAAUUUUUUUUUAUCCUAGUUUUUUUUUUUUUUUUGAAGGGGAAAAGAACAAGUCUCUCACAGCUGCAAGACUUUAUACCUGGUCAGAGAGGACCGCCCGCGAAUAGUUUUUAAUUUUUCUGUUACCGUGACGACGUCGCGCUGAAAGGGAACGACGCCAGAAACCCUAAUCUCGAGGCGAGUUCUGAAGAUAUCACCGGCUCUCCGCAGGCAAAGACUUUGUAUAUAAACGAGCCACGCUGCUCCUCGCUUCCAACCUUGUAAAUUAUUUAACUGUACAUUCCCCCUUUUCUCCUCAAUCUCAGCUCGCAAUGUACACUGCUUCAUUGGCAGCCCGUAUUUUUUAAAUAUUCGUCUGCUUCCAGCUUUUGUCGUCGUUGUUGUCGUCGUCGUUGUGGAUGCUGUUGUUAUUUUUUUGUUUGUUUGUUUUGCCCUUAGCUGUAACUAAACUGUAAAAUAGGUUGUGUUUAAUACUGAAUGUACUUAUGAAUUAAAAUAUUCAUAGCCACCAA